AUGGGGGACCUGUUUAUGCUAUGGGUGGUCAUGGUCAUAUGCUGUACCACCCUUAGUUCCUCUGCCUGGUCAGUGAACAAUUUUCUGAUGACAGGUCCUAAGGCCUAUCUGACCUACACCACCAGUGUGGCCCUGGGUGCCCAGAGUGGCAUUGAGGAGUGUAAGUUCCAGUUCGCUUGGGAACGUUGGAACUGCCCUGAAAAUGCUCUCCAGCUCUCCACUCACAACAGGCUGAGAAGUGCCACUAGGGAGACUUCCUUCAUUCAUGCAAUCAGCUCUGCUGGGGUCAUGUACACCAUCACAAAGAAUUGUAGCAUGGGAGACUUUGAAAACUGUGGUUGUGAUGAGUCAAAAAAUGGAAAAACAGGAGGCCAUGGCUGGAUCUGGGGUGGCUGCAGCGACAAUGUGGAACUUGGAGAAAGAAUCUCCAAACUCUUUGUGGACAGCCUGGAGAAGGGGAAGGAUGCCAGAGCCCUGAUGAAUCUUCACAACAACAGGGCAGGCAGGCUGGCAGUGAGAGCCACCAUGAAAAGAACCUGUAAAUGUCACGGCAUCUCAGGGAGCUGCAGCAUCCAGACGUGUUGGUUGCAGCUGGCUGACUUCCGGGAGACUGGAGACUAUCUGAAGACCAAGUAUAACCAGGCACUGAAAAUUGAGAUGGAUAAGCGGCAGCUGAGGGCUGGGAACAGUGCUGAGGGCCGCUGGGCACUCACUGAGGAGGCCUUCCUUCCUAGUGCAGAGAUUGAGCUGAUCUUCUUGGAGGAGUCACCAGAUUACUGUAUCCGCAAUUCCAGCCUGGGCAUCUAUGGCACAGAGGGUCGAGAGUGCCUACAGAGCAACCGCAAUACAUCCAGGUGGGAACAACACAACUGCGGGCACCUGUGCACUGAAUGUGGCCUGCAGGUGGAAGAGAGGAGAACAGAGACCAUCAGCAGCUGUAACUGCAAAUUCCAGUGGUGCUGCACUGUCAAGUGUGACCAGUGUAGGCACAUAGUGAACAAGUACUACUGCACACACUUCCCAGACAGUGCCCAGUCCCAGGGCAAGGGCAGUGCCCAAUAG